GUUAAGUUGGUGCAAAAAUGAGAAGAAUGUUGAACAAGGGAUGGCAAUGUUUUGUAAACGUUAUUGUUGCUCUGCUAUGGCCAAUACUAGCUUCAUUAUCAUCAGCAACCUCGCUUCCGAACUGUCCCGAAAAAUGCGGCAACAUUACGGUCCCUUACCCAUUUGGUGUAGGGGAUAAAUGUCACUAUGGUACUCCCUUUGAUGAUGGUAGAUACUUCAACCUUAGUUGUAACAAUAGUGCCAACCCUCCAAUCCUUGCUUUGGGGAAUAAGGUAGAGAUUAAGGAAAUUACCUUGAAGGGUGAACUCUUGGUUCAUUACCCUAUUUCAUAUCGCUGUUAUGAUAAGUCUAAUACCACUGCCCCUUCUGCUGAAUACCGAGCCUGGAUACGUACGAAAAGGUUUCCUCUCUCGACGACCAAGAACAUUAUUGGUGCUAUUGGGUGUGACACUUUUGUGAUGCUGAAUGGUACAAUGGACAACAGGAGAGAGUUUCGUUCCGGGUGCAUGACUGUGUGUGCUGCACCCGAAGAUGUUGAUACUAGAUCAUGUUCUGGCAUUGGUUGUUGCUUGGUUUCCAUUCCAAAUGGACUAAACAAUGUUGAUUUGACAUUCAGAAGUCUGAGUGACCAGCAGUUGGUGCAAGAUUUCAACCCAUGCAGUGUCGCUUUUGUGCUGGCUAAGGAUUAUGCAGAAGAUGAUUCACUGCCGUACCCUAUCAGACAGAUUCUUACCCAAGAUGAUACUUAUUACCAGAAUUUGAAGUUUCCUGUUUUCUUUGAUUGGUCGAUUGGGAAUACAACUUGUGAAACAGCGCGAGCAGAUGGGAAUUACAUGUGCCGGGGAAAUAGCAAAUGCUAUGAGAAGCAAUACCGGGAUGGAUACCGCUGCAAAUGCAACCCAGGAUUUCAGGGUAACCCUUACCUUCAGGACUGCCAAGAUAUUGAUGAAUGUGCGGAUGGAAACAAUAAUCCAUGCAACAAACCGGCACUCUGCAUCAACACUCGUGGAGGUUAUAAUUGCAAAUGCCCACGGGGUUACAGUGGAAAAGCCACACUGAAUGAUCCUUGCAUUCCUCAUCUCAACACUAAUCAUCAUGAUCGAUACAAGUUGUUAGUAGGACUGAGUGUAACGCUGGGAUCGAUACUUCUGUUUCUCAGUGGAUGGUGGGUGAAGUCCUUAAUCAAGAAAAAGAAGGUUGUCAAACAAAGAGCUAAACACUUUGAGAGAAAUGGUGGAUUGUUGCUGCACCAACAAAUGUCUUCUGGUGACGGAGUUGUAGAUAGAACUAAAUUUUUCACAAUUGAGGAGUUGGAGAAAGCCACUGACCACUUCAACGAAAAUAGAAUACUUGGACGAGGAGGCCAUGGUACUGUCUAUAAAGGGAUGCUUGGUGAAGGAAGAAUAGUUGCUGUAAAAAAGUCAAAACUAGUGAAAGAAAGCAAUCGUGAGGUAUUCAUCAAUGAAGUUGUUAUCUUAUCACUAAUUAGUCACAGGAAUAUUGUGAAGUUAUUGGGAUGUUGUUUGGAGACGGAAGUUCCAUUACUAGUUUAUGAGUUUAUCCCCAACGGAACUCUUUGCCAUCAUAUUCAUUAUCCGAAUGCAGAGUUCCAAAUCACUUGGAAAAUGCGCUUACAGAUUGCUUCUGAUUCAGCUGGAGCACUUGCAUAUUUGCAUUCAUCAUCGUCUAUUCCUAUAUUUCAUAGGGACAUCAAGUCUUCCAACAUACUUUUGGAUGACAAGUAUAGGGCUAAAUUAUCAGAUUUCGGGACCUCAAAAUCAAUAGCGAUUGAUCAAACCCAUGUAACUACUGAAGUUAUGGGAACAUUUGGUUAUUUGGAUCCAGGGUACUUCCAGUCUAGUCAAUUUACAGAAAAAAGUGAUGUUUACAGUUUUGGGGUGGUUCUUGUCGAGCUUUUAACAGGACAAAAAGCAAUACGAGCAACAUCAGAAGAGGAUCGAAGUUUGACAUCAUGGUUUCUUUCCCAUAUGGAAGAAUGUAGUUUGCUUAAUAUUAUAGAUUCUCAAAUUCUACAAAAGAGUUUGAAGGGAGAGUUUCUUACAAUUGCUAAUCUUGCAAAGCGAUGUUUAAACUUGGAUGGAAAGAAAAGACCAACCAUGAAAGAAGUUUUGCUAGAGAUAGAAGCAGUACUGUCAAUUCAUCUGUCUGUUGAAAGGCCUGCAACAGUAUCCAAAGGUUUAUACUAUAAUGAUUUUACUAGUUUUAGCACUUCUUCUAUGGAAAUUAGCAGCUCUUAUAGCUCUGCAGAACCUUCUCUAUUAUUCAGUCGAUAACAUUUUAUUUUUGGAAGAGCUAUAUACCAUGAUUUUCAUCAAAUUUUAUGCUCCUGUAAAUCCUAUAAUCUGACUAAUCUUGUAACUAGUGUAAAAGCUUUAUUAAUAUUCAGAAUUUGU